AUGAUAGGAUAUUAUGAAGGCUUUAUUAACUAUAUUAAAAAUUAUUGGACCAUAAAUAUGCUUAGUGGUAAUGACAAUAGUCAUUUGGAUAUUGAAGAGAAAAUCAGUAAAAUGAUAAAGGACCCAAAUUUAUUACCAAAUGAUAAAAAAAUUGUCGAAUUAUAUUGUGAAAAGAAAAUAAGCAAAUCUAUGUUAAUUAAGUAUUUGGAAAGACAUGAAACAACCCUAUUGAGAGGAAAAAUACAUUUAAUGAUAUUAUUACUUUCACCUAUUUGGAUAUUUUACAUGUUGUAUAUAUCAAAAACAUAUUCAACAAAACUAGCCACGUCUAUAUCAUUAAUAUGUAUUUUUUUUAAUUCGUUUGCUUCUUUUUUGCUUCACAAUUUUGAAUGGACCCCUAACUAUUAUUUCUUAGUUGAGAAAUUGGAUCACAUUGGAAUAUUUUUAAUGAUUAGUGGUUCAGGAUUUCCAGUAGCAGCAUUAUUAUUAAAUAAUAUAAAAUUACUAUAUUAUAUAAUUAUGCAUUCAUUAAGCUCACUUUUAGGAAUUUUAUGUAUUUGCUGUAGUUACUUUUCAACUGGGAAUAGAGCUAAAAGAGCAUUCACAUAUGUAAUAGCGGGAUUUUUACAUACAUUUUUUUUCAAGGAUUAUUUAAUUUUAUUAUACGCCAAAGAAUUGGUAUUUUUAGUUAUGAUUGGUACUUUAUACGUUUUAGGUGCAAUUGUAUAUUCUUUAAAGAAACCAAAUAUUAUUUCUGGCAUUUUUGGAUUUCACGAGCUUUUUCAUGUCUGUUGCUUAGGAAGCAUUUUAUUCACAUUUGCUUUGAUCCGUAGCGUUUUAAUGAGAAAAUCUUAA